CUUCCUCCUACUUCUCUUACCUUUUAUUGGCUUGACUUUAUUUUUUUAUUUUGUUUAUACUUUGUAUUACUUUGACUACUGAUGGCCCAAAAUAGAACAAUAAAGGCAGCUUGGCCUGUCAACAAAACCUCUGUCAAUCAAUUCGAUCCUCAAUCUCAUUCACAACCAGAUCACAUUCUGCACGAUGGCCUACCCAAUCGUCAUGUCCAACCAAAACCUCGACACACUCAAGCAUCUCAUCUCUCUGACACAGCAGAAGUCGUAAGACAAGUAGCCAAGAAAAUGGGAAGAGCAAGAAUCACUUGGGAAAACCCUCAGUCAGUCUUGAUUAUAACCAAACCCAACGAUAUCAGUCUUGUUCGAAUGACACGCGAAUUGGCUGAUUGGUUGAUAGAAACACCUCGAUAUGGUCAACCAAGUGGGAUUACAGUUUAUGUCGAUGAUAAGCUAAGAGAUUGCAAGACGUUUUGCAAGAAAUUAAAUAAGCAUCCCGAGAGAGUAGAUAAGCUACGAUACUGGACACCUGAGAUGGUCUCCCUUCAACCAAAGCUGUUUGAUUUUAUCGUUACUUUGGGCGGUGAUGGCACAGUCUUGUUUGCAUCUUGGUUAUUUCAAGCUUUUAUCCCACCCGUAAUCCCUUUUCAUCUGGGAUCCCUUGGAUUCCUCACACCCUUUCAUUUCGAAAAAUACGCCUCUUAUCUUACACACGCAAUGGAAAAAGGUGUCCGUAUCAACCUCAGGGGCCGUUUGACAUGCACUGUCUACAGACAUGUCAGUCAAACGAACGCCAACGGUACCGGACACGCACCCAGUCUACGCCAGGUCAAGCGAAACCCAAUCACAGGAAAAAUUACGGUUGGUGAAUGGUCGGAGGAGACAGACUAUGGCCCGAUUCCUUGCUUCACGACCAUUCCGGUCGAACAAUACCAUGUCCUGAACGACCUGGUCAUCGAUCGUGGUCCGAGCCCAUACAUGAGUCUCCUGGAACUGUUUGGAGACGACAAACAUCUCACGACCGUCCAGGCAGACGGACUGGCCAUCUCAACACCGACCGGAAGCACAGCAUAUUCACUGUCAGCUGGCGGCUCACUGACUCACCCAGAGAUUCGUGCCACUCUCAUUACUCCCAUUUGUCCUCACACCCUGUCUUUCCGGCCCACCCUUGUUCCGGACUCGAUGGAACUGCGGAUCUGUGUACCUUAUAAUUCACGAAACACAGCCUGGGCCAGUUUUGAUGGUCGGGGUCGUGUAGAACUAAGACAGGGCGAUCACAUAAAAGUCACAGCCUCAAAAUACCCAUUUCCUACUGUCUGUAAAGAUGAUCAAGCUACAGACUGGUUUAAUUCAUUAUCCAAUUGUUUGCAUUGGAACAAGCGCCAACGCCAAAAAUCGUUU